AUGUUCAUCAACGACGAGAAGCUACACGCUGUGAACAGAGUCCAGUCCAAAGGCAUCUACCAUGGCCUGCCAGUAUUCCCAGAGUCGUUGACGGGCCUAUCCGCCAUCGUGACAGGAGCAAAUGGGAUAUCCGGCCAUCAUAUGCUACGAGUCCUGGCUGAAUCGCCAGAAAGGUGGACAAACGUCUAUUCGAUGUCAAGGCGGGCGCCUUUGGUAGCCACAAAAUGGAAGACCAACGUUCAGCAUAUCCCAUUGGAUUUUCUAAACAGCACACCGCUCGAGUUAGCUAAAGCCAUGAGGGAAAAAGGGGUGAAAGCUGACUAUGUAUUCUUCUUUUCAUACAUCCAACCCGAGCCCAAGGAUGGUGGUGGGAUAUGGUCAGCUGCGGACGAGUUAGUCAGGGUCAACACGGCGAUGCUUUCAAACUUCCUUGAGUCCCUUAAACUUGCGGGAAUUGUGCCCAAGAGAGUUAUGCUCCAGACCGGCGCCAAAAACUAUGGCCUCCAUCUUGGUCCAGCCAUGACGCCGCAAAGGGAGGGCGAUCCACGAGUCCUGCUGGAGCCCAACUUCUACUACAAUCAGGAAGAUGUGCUCUUCAGAUACUGCGAAGAGACAGGAGCCAGCUGGAAUGUAGUUAUGCCAUCCUUUGUCCUCGGUGCUGUAAAAGAGGCCGCCAUGAACAUGAUGUAUCCUCUGGGUAUCUUCGGCGCUAUACAGGCAUAUCUUGGACGGCCGCUUGUGUAUCCAGGAGAGCUCGCCUCGUAUAUGAUGCCUGUGGACUUGUCCACUGCAACCCUAAACAGCUACCUUGAGGAAUGGGCGGUUUUAACCCCAAAAGCUGCGAAUCAGGCAUUCAAUGCGUGCGACAACAGCGCCUUCACUUGGGCGGCAUUUUGGCCCAUAUUUGCGAGUUGGUAUGACUUACCGUAUCAUGUUCCCGAUGAUGAAAAAUCAGAAUAUAUCUCAAUUCCCACUCAGUAUGAGCCGCCACCAAGAGGAUUUGGACCACGAGGCACCAUUCGACUGAAAUAUGCACUCUCUCAGUGGGCUACUGACCCUGAAGUCCAGGAAGCAUGGACAGUAUUGAGCCAGAGAUACAACUUGCAAGCUAACCCAUUCCAGAGUGCAAAGGAUAUUCAUCGCCUCUUCAGCUUUGCGGACAGUGCUUUAUUCAUGGCAUGGCCCCUUCAGUUCAGCCGGAGCAAGGGCCAUAAACUCGGCUGGUUUGGCGCAGUAGACACCCUCGAGUCCAUGAGAAAGAUAUUGGAUGAGUUUGUUAGUCUCCGUAUGCUCCCACCUCUUCCAAACUUCAAAGAUUAA